AUGUGUGUGUAAGUGGCGGAACUUCGACGUUGUACACAUAACACCAGUCUGCUUCAAACUCUUCAAAAUGCAGCUGCUCUGGAUCACCGUUGUUCUGGGCUCAGCUAUGUUUGUCACUGACGUGGAAGCACAAAACUGUGUCAAUGCUGCCUCCUGUAGUGGGCAUGGUGUCUGUCCUAACCCCAACUUCGACGUCUGUAGUUGCACUAAUGGAUACAGUGGCGAUGGGUGUGCACGUGCUCCAGUUUGUACUAGUUCUAGUGAAUGUGGCAACGGCGGGACAUGCAUCACAAAUAGUAGUCCCUACGUGUGUUCUUGUGCACCUGGGUACUCAGGCCUGACAUGCCAAAACGGUAAGUACAUCGUCAUGGUUACCCUCCUGAGGUGUUUUGCGAAUACAGGGAAGGUGGGGUAG